GCUGGUAGCCACAGCUGCUCUUGUGAAUUUGUGCGAAUGCGCCUGAUGUACUGAUCUGUGCUGCGGGAGGAUAACACAGUCGGACAGAGAGUGUGUGUGCGCGUGUGUCAUGAUGCUGUCUGCCAUCGCGUUACUGCUGCUCAUCUGUCUGCAGAUGCGUGUUCUGGGGAAGCCGUGGUCACAGAGUGUCGGUUGCGAUGAUCUCCUGGGCUCUGGCAAUGUGCGUGAUAAAUGCGGUGUUUGCGGUGGAGAUAACAGCGCAUGUACACUAGUCUCUGGCCAGUUUCAACGCAGCCUGUCUAAAGUGGGUUACCACAAGAUUGUAGAGAUCCCGCAGGGUGCCACGAAGAUCAACGUCACAGAGAUGGUGAAGAGCAGGAACUAUCUGGCUCUGCGCAGUCGGUCUGGCCGAUCGAUUAUUAACGGAAACUGGGCCAUCGACCGGCCUGGUACGUAUGAGGGAGUGGGAACCAUGUUCAUGUACCGUCGGCCCAAUGAGAUCACCAGCACAGCAGGAGAAUCAUUCCUGGCCGAGGGCCCGACCAAUGAGAUCCUGGACGUUUUCAUGAUCUACCAGCAGCCCAAUCCAGGAGUUCAUUAUGAGUUCAUGAUGCCCUCAGAAAACACUGGACAAACUCAAGAUCAUAACGAUCCACAAAUGCAGGUAAAUGUUGUGAGUGGGCAAGCUGGUUCUGAUCCGAAUAGCCGAUCGACUCUAGAGGAACGUGAGCAGUCAGGUGUGGUCAGGUAUCUUACUCCCAUCCCUGAUAACCAGUUACCUGCAGCGGCACACCCGAACAGACACAGUGAAUACAUGUGGAAACUCACUGGCACCACAGACUGCAGCGCCUCCUGUGGCAGAGGUAGCAGAUACACCGUGUUUGGCUGCGUUCACCGGGUAACUCAUACACAUGUGCUGAACAGUCUGUGUGACAGCAUCGCUAAACCCAGUGUGCAAGAGGAGCCGUGUAACAUGCACCUGUGUCCUGCGUUCUGGGACAUUGGUGAGUGGUCUGAAUGCAGUAAGACUUGCGGUUUGGGCAUUCAGCAUCGUCAGGUACUCUGUCGUCAGGUGUACGCCAACCACACGAUAAACGUGCACACCAGUCGAUGUCAGCACCUGGAUCACCCUGAGACAAGCACCACCUGCCAGCUGAAGAUCUGCAGCGAGUGGCACAUUCGCACGGAGUGGAGUCCCUGUUCUGUGCCCUGUGGGGUAGGACAGAGGUCACGCGAGGUGCGCUGUGUCAGUAAUGUUGGCGAUAUUGUAGUAGAUGACGAGUGCAACAUGAAACUUCGGCCCAGUGAUGUGGAGAACUGUGACGCCGGUCCAUGUACAAAGAGCUGGUUCUUCAGUGAGUGGAGCAGUCAGUGUUCUGCCACGUGUGGCGCAGGUGUGCAGACACGUAGUGUCCUGUGCCUAAUCAAUCACAUCAGCAGUUUGCCUUUAGAGGGUUGCGGGUCACAGCGCCCCCCAGAGGCACAGCCCUGCAACAACGGCCCCUGUGAAAGCCGCACUGAGUGGUUCACUGGAGCCUGGAGUCAGUGCUCAGCGGAGUGCGGCACUGGCAGCCAGCAGAGGACAGUAGCGUGUUUGAUGAAGUCUGAAGAGGGUUUUACUGUCAUGUCCUCUUAUGAGUGCUCUUCUUUGGACAGACCACUCAGCCAGCAGAGCUGCUUCAUCAAAGCCUGCGGAGCAAAGUGGUACCACACAGACUGGAGUGUGUGUUCGAAGACAUGUGCGGGCGGUUACCGUCUGCGAGAGGUGCGCUGUCUCUCUGAUCACAUGAUCGCCAGUGACAGCUGUGAGGAUACAUUAAAGCCUCAUGACAAAGAGGAGUGCAACGCUGAGCCCUGUCUGCCUCUGAUUGAUGAAAAGUGUCGAGAUAAAUAUUUCAACUGUAAUGUGGUGGUCCAGGCACGUCUCUGCGUGUAUGACUACUAUAAGAUGGCGUGUUGUGCUUCCUGUACACGUGUGGCACAGAAGAAUUCAGGACAGUGGAGACACUUAUAGAAAAAGCAUCCUGCGGAUGUACCAUCACUAGAAGCAUCUUAUCUCUGCACAAUAACAGACCUGAGUGCAGGUGAAGCACACCAAUCGAUAGCAGUGAUUCUUUUGAAAGAAAGAGCCUAAAAGGAAGAAUUCCUGAAUGAGUGACAUUACAAGAGGGAAUACAGACUCACCAUUUAUCACUAAUUCUCUUUGGAUGGGAGAAAUGCUGAAUUGUACGGCCUGUGGCCUCAGCGUAUAAUGACAGUAUGUCAUUAACAAUGACAACAACUCAUUAUAUGGUGCUUCAGCUUGAACCCAAGUUGAAAAAGGAACACAGUUUUAUUGUAAACAUAAUAUUUCAACCUCUUAAAGAUGUUGGUCAGUGUCCUCAUGAACUAUACACACAGAGGGAAGCAUUUUAGAUCAGUUUAUAUCACCUGAGAGUUCCUCUGAACACAAGAACACAUGAUGAUGCUUGUAUCUCGGUAGUGCAGCAAACAAGGCCCAUGUACAUUGCAAAGUUUAGAGAGUGACUGCCACAUUUUAAUUCACAAGUGAAUCCCCUGUGUGUACGAAAUACAGGAGUUACUCAAGAACCUGCUAUGGUUGACAUAGUGAUAACCAUAACAACGGUUUGGCGUCUUGCGGCCUCAAAGAAGAUGUUGACAACUUAACCCGUUUGAUAUAUAUGAAAGAAAUAUUAGAGAUUCUGUCCGUCCGUUUUUAAUAACUACCAUUAAAAGUGCAUCCUGAAGCUUUUAAGCAGCAUGCUCUCUCUGGAAUGUAAUGUAUGUGUUAUGCUGAGACCUGGACUGAUGGGAGAAACUACAGUGGAGAGAGACAUUAUCAAACUUUCUGAAUGAUUCCAGACUUGUUCCUCAGCCUCUGUGAUUUUCUAGAAAUGCACCUCACUGUACACCACUGCAACAACUAUUUCACUGAAUUAUUCCGCAGUGAACUGUGCAAAUGUGGUUGUCACUCCUUUAAUUAACUGAACUCAGACGAAGAAUGACAACUCUUUUUAGCUGCAGUGUAUUAUUUAUAUCUCUGUUAUAACAAAUGGUUCUACCAUUGAUGGUGCCUCAUCUGAAUCACAGCAGUAGUCAGAUGUGGUUUAUUUGACCUGUUGUUAUUAUUAUGUAAACUCUCAGUUAUUCAAUUAAAAACCCAAAGAUGUAUGAUGCAUGCAGAUAAAAUGACAUUUGUUAUUAACCUCAGUGAUAAAAAGAGCAUUUGGACCGACAUGAUCACAGGUAGUUUGUAAGUUAUAUGUUUUUUUGUACUCUUAUAUAUUUAUAUUUUGAAAACGCAUCG